AUAAACACCGACUACUGAUCUAACACACAUACAAUUAGUUCCAUACACCCAAAACACCAUGAACAUUUCUUAAAGGUUUCUGUUUGAUGUAAUUGCUUUAAUUUCUUUUCAAGUCCGAUUCAGCCCCUGUAUGACCUGUGCUUCACGUCUGCUUUGUCGCAUACGAACCCGGAAGUUGCUGUGAGUGAAUCCUCUUGCCUGGACUGUGACGACGAUGACCCACAUCAGCAGCACGAGCGUCUUCCAGAAGUUUCCUCACAGGGUUUUCAACACCACGGCAGCAGACAGACUCUCUCGUAUGAACAAGCUGUUUGAAGUUGUGUGGAUCAAGCAGAGUCAUAUUAUUCCUCGUCGCCUUCUUGGGGAGUGAAACGUCAUCCGCUGUCUGUGAGUAGUGAGGAGAGCUUAGCUUGACAGUUAGCGAGCAGGCUUCUUUUUUUUUUCUUUUUUUUACCGCAGCGUUGACAGCUGCGGCUGCUGCGGCUGUGGAGGAGCCUGUGAACCUGGCCCAGUCAGCGGGCAAGCUGGAUAUGUUGCUGGCAUUGAGCAAAAACUGAAGCAUCUGCACUGAAAAUGUUCGUAUGACGCUGGAGAGGGACUGAGCCGUCAUAGUAAUGGGGAAAGAUUACUACAAAGUGCUCGGGAUAGCCAAAGGUGCCACCGAAGAGGAGAUAAAGAAGGCGUACAGAAAACAGGCCCUGCGCUUUCAUCCUGACAAGAACAAGUCACCUGGAGCUGAGGAUAAAUUCAAGGAGAUUGCUGAAGCCUAUGAUGUUCUCAGUGAUGCCAAGAAAAAGGACAUUUACGACCGUUUUGGAGAAGAAGGCUUAAAGGGUCCUUCUGGCAGUGGAGGUGGAGGACACUGUGGUCAAAACUACAACUACACCUUCCAUGGAGACCCCCAUGCAAUGUUCGCGGAGUUCUUCGGCGGGCGCAGCCCCUUCGAUCACUUCUUCUCACAAAAUGAAGAGGAUGACAUGGACAUCAACGACCCCUUUGCACCGUUUGGCAUGGGAAGAAUGGGCGGCAUGGGUGGCUUUCACCGAUCCUUUAAAUCCCACCCAGGAGGUCCUCGUAGGGCGCAAGAGAAAAAGAAGGACCCGCCCGUCGUGCAUGAGCUGAAGGUGAGCCUCGAGGAGGUCUUCUCAGGCUGCACCAAAAAGAUGAAGAUUUCCCGCAAGAGACUGAACCCGGAUGGCUGCACCAUGCGAAGUGAAGACAAGAUUUUAACCGUUGACAUAAAGCGCGGGUGGAAGGAGGGGACAAAAAUCACUUUUCCCAAGGAGGGGGACGAAACUCCAAGCAACAUUCCUGCAGAUGUGGUGUUUGUAGUGAAGGAUAAACCACACCCUGUGUUUAGAAGAGAGGGCUCAGACAUCAUUUAUCCUGCUAAGAUAUCACUCAGAGAUGCUUUGUGUGGAUGCACGGUCAACGCCCCAACACUAGAUGGCCGGACCAUCACUGUGACCUCCAGAGACGUUGUCAAACCUGGAACAAAAAAGCGUAUCACUGGAGAAGGUCUUCCUCUGUCCAAGUGCCCUGAAAGGAGAGGUGACAUGAUCUUGGACUUCACUGUCAAGUUUCCCGACAAACUGGGCCAAAGCACACGAGACGCGCUCAAACAGAUCCUUCCCCCCUGACUUGAAGUUCAGAAGAGCUCGCCUUUAGAAGUGUAACAAGCUAUCGUUUCUAAUGACGCUCUCCUGUGCGUCGUAUGCAUCAGGAAAGAUUCAGUUCAAGCUGCCUGAACACCAAAUCCAUAUUCCUCUGCGGUAUAUCUCGUCACUUUAAUGACUGUGUUUGGACAGAAGAGCUGACUACGUGUUUGAUUUUUGCAUACAGUUGAGGUUGAGUGACAGUAUGAAGUAACAGCCUGUCACAAUGACAGACUGAAGCUGAAUGACAUAAGAAACAUGAAAGAAUAGGAUGUAAAUAUUCUGUAUUGACAUCCUAUUCUUUCAUGUCACAGUUUGACAUUAGGAAGGAUCAAAUCAGAGGAACAGGAGUGUGUUUGAAAAACUUUAUAUAGCAACUGAUUUCUCUGAGUGCUUCAAGAUAGAGAGCUAACUAACAUUACCUCAGGUGCAGUAGUGCAUGCUUGGACAUUGCAUUCACAGUAGGACAUAAUAUUGGUUGCAGUAUGGAUGGAAGUGAAGCUCGUUCUUCAGCACCACAUUAGACUGAAGUGGAUCAGUAUGAUGGUGAUGUAACCUCUUUAACAUAUGUCUGCAGGAAAGCAUCCCUCUGAAGGCGAGGGGCGAGAUUGUGUAUCAGAGGCAUUCCUGUUUUCUGUUAAUCAUUCGUAGUUAAAGUAGUAUCGUCCUAUCACGUUAGAGCUGGCUUUGUGUGGAUGUAGGAGGAGGAAAGUGGAGGUGUACAGAGGUGGAACUCAUCAAAAAUGCUAUCUCAAAAAUCUGACUGUGACUACCCUGUCUUUCAUGUCUAUAGCAAUAUAUCUUUGAGAUGCUCUGUCUAUUAUAUAAAGCCACAAUCCCAUUCAAACAGUAGAACAGUGAAACUUAAAUAUACACUAAACUCAAGGGAAGAUAAAUAAUUCUACAGUUCAGGAAGGCUCACCUUUCAAAUGUUUACUUCUAUAUCUUCUUUAACUGGGAGCUUGUUACACGUGAAAAUUUCAGCGAGAAGAUUUGUGCCAAAUACUAGUCACUGUGUAUUUACAACGUGUGACUUUCAUCGUCAUGUGUGACUGAAAAACUACAAAGAUGUACUCCUAUUGAGGAAGCAAUGUCAAGAGGGCUAUGUAUGAUGUUUGCGUUCCUCUGUCUAACCUAUUUAAUCUAAAGCCAGUGAGUUUAUUUCUUCAUUGUUCAUCCGUUCGUGUUCUAAUUUCAACCUAAUGCAUCAGUCUGACAUAAAUAUCGCAAAGACUGAGAUGUGAAAUAUGUUUAAAGAGUGUAUUCUACUUUGAUGUCUCAUAUCUUACACCUAACAGUGUUUGUUUCGGUCUGUACAGCACCUGGAUUAUGUGGUAUGAUAGUUCAGCGGGAGUUCUACAGAGAUGCAAUUGAACUGUGUCAUAUUCAGCCAUGUGCACUUUUGACUGUGAUAAUUGAAGUUUGUAAAGUUCAUUUUCUCAUUACGUUUUUUUUUUGUGUGUGUGUGUCUUUGUAACUGUCUGAACUUCAUGGUAGUUUAAUCUUCAUCCUGCUCCUGCCGGAGUUUUGAGUUAAACCUUACACAAACAUGUGAUUAACAUGAAUGUAGAGAUGUGAAAUCUCACUGAUGUGGAUCUUCUUUUUUUAAAGGAAAGAGGCGUUAGCAUAAUUAAGUUUAAGCUCUUGUUUAUGUUUAGAAAUUCUUCAGGUUGGGAUUUAAGACUUUAUGAUUUUUAACAAAAAAUCUUUUAUGACUUGAUAAAGUGAGGUUUUUAAAAAAUCUUUCCUAUGGUGUGUUGAUUUUCCUUCAACAUUAAAAAACUGGCUAUCUAAUCCA